CUGUUCAGCGCUUACGCUCGGCCGCAAGUUAUCCGCGCACAACGACCACACGCUCUGACAGGAAUACGUACUGCUGCCGGCACCAGUUUCCUUUCGACUUGAUGUGUCUAUCGUCGACGAGUUGGUAGGCUGAGAUGUUCCUUCAGCUGCUGUGGUUGUCGCUCGGACUGUGCUCUAGCGUUUCGUACGCGUUUGCCGUGUCGUCGGACCUGCAGAACGUCUUCCAGGCGUCGAACAACGUGGACAUCGGAGAUGGUGUACUGACGACCAUCUCUGCUGAGGGAGCUGAUCUAGAGGAUAUCUUAAAUUUGGCAGAGGCCGCGAAUGCGGACGUAUGGCGCAUAACUCGCUCCGAGGUCGAUGUCUAUUUCCCUACCGCCAAGGGGUUCACUUCAUCGCCUUUCGAUGACGACGCCUUCACCCACAACUCGACAUACAUCCCUCGUUCUGCGCGACCUACGAGACAGGCAUCUGAUCCUUCGUCGUGGAACCUGACGUCUUUGGCCAAUACUACUUUCCACUCGGAAUAUCAUCCUUUGGACGAGAUAGAGGACUUCGUUCAGGUCAUGGCAGGUAUGUACCCCGACCUGGUGCAGCUGGUGAACAUCGGGCACUCGGCGGAGGGUCGGGAGAUGGCCGCGAUGCGGAUAUCGAAGCCUGGCACCAAGACGAAGGUGAAGCCAGGCUUCGUCUUGACGGGUGCGCAGCAUGCCAGAGAGUGGGUCGCAACAUCGACAGUGCUGUAUCUGACCCACGCCCUUGUGUCGAGCUCCUCUGAGGCCUAUGCGAUGUCUUCGCUGCUGGACCUGUAUGACUUCCACAUCAUCCCUGUGCCAAACCCAGAUGGCUAUGUCUACACUUGGGAGCACGAUCGCUUCUGGUACAAGAACCGUCAGAUUAUCGGACCCUACGAGAAGUGUGUUGGCAUAGACAUGAACAGGAACUGGGGUCACAAGUGGAAAGCCCGAGCAGACUUCCCAACUGCAACAAUCAAUAAAAAGUCCAAGACGCCGACGGACCCCUGUACGCCGUGGUACCCAGGCCACCGUGCAUUCGAGUCACCGGAGGUGAACAACAUCGCGAACUACAUCACGACGCUCCCCGCGCUCAAGGCAUACCUCGACUUGCGGAGCUAUGGGCAGAUGGUGUCGACGCCAUUCGCGUACUCGUGCAAGAAGACGGCAAAGGAUGCGGAGGACCAGAUUGAGGCGGCACUUGGCGCUGCGCGGGCGAUCAGGCUCGCGCAUGGGACGUCGUUCACUGUUGGUAGCCUCUGCUCUAUGCUUUACAAAGCUCCAGGUAACGUCGUCGACUGGAUGUACGCCAAGGCGGGUAUCAAGUACUCAUACGCCGUACACUUGCGCGACACCGGCACGUAUGGUUUCUCGCUACCGCCGGAGUGGAUUAGGCCUGUCGGCGAGGAGACAGCCAGCAUGGUGCAGUUCCUCGCGGAGUUCAUCAUGCUCACUAAAUGUAGGUAA